ACUCAGCUCGUUUUUCUUUUUCUUUUUCUUUUUAUUUUCAAAACUUCUCUGUAUUUCUCAUCCCAUUUUCCUCAGCAUCAUGAUCCUCCACCUCACACGACGUUACUAAAUCGACUUUUAUGGAAAGUUAGUAGGGUUUUUAUACUCGAGAAAUCGAAAGUGGAAACCGCCACCAUUGAAUCAUUUGAUUUUCUUUUCCAUUUAACUUUCCGAUUUUUCAUUUUCAUCUACUAAUUUAAUUGUUUUCGUUAUCGGAAGCAUAUUGUUGUGAAGUUGCUGAGAGUUGAAAGCUUAUGGAAGUUCGAAAGAAACGCUGAUUUCUGUUCGGUUUUUAUUCUUCCUCUGUUUAAGUUUUUGUGAUUUCCAUUUGCGACCAGUGAUGCUCACUGUGGUGGAGUGAAGUUUGCGGUUGGAUGUAGAUUUCGAAGUGAAAGUUGUAGCUCUGAAUUGUAGAUUCAGUAAGGGACUCGUUCGAUUUUCUGAACUUUUCACCGGCGAAAACGAGGUUUAUUUUCUAUUCUGUUGUUUUUUGUAGCUUGAUUCAUGGUUUCAAUCUUAUUUCUGUUCGUCUAGUGACUAGAAAAGUAGUUUUUCGUAUUUGUUUGAUUGGAUAGCAUUGGACGUUGAAGUUAUUCUUGUGGAAAAUGGCUUGUGAAGCUGUACAACUGUGGACAUUUAAUGGAUUAGUGGCUGCGUUUCUUGAUCUUGGUAUAGCUUUUCUUUUAUUAUGUGCAACGAGUCUUGUUUUCUUUACAUCCAAAUUUCUGGCGCUGUUUGGGUCAUGUCUGCCUUGCCCUUGUGAUGGACUAUUUGGGAACCUUGGUAGUGAUCACUGCUUCCAAAAGUUGCUAGUGGAUUGUUCGUCCAAAAGAAUAUCUUCAGUCCUACAUUCAACUAGAGAAAAGUUCCCAUUGGAUUCCAUGUGGGAUCAAGAGCCAAAAUGUUGUUUUAAGUCGAUGUCGGUGCACGAGAGGAAUGCGAAGGAGGCGUGUGUUGAAUUCGAAGGUGAAGCAUCAGGUGAUUCCUGGUUUAAAACCAGAUCACCUCGAGGUAUGAUUUAUGGAGACGUUCUCAAUGUCAACGAAUCGCAUUAUAAAUGCGGUGUGGGUGGCAGGAAGAUUGCAUCAGUGUCUCCGAAUGACGUUUUUCAGUCGGAUGUGGAACUGGAAGACCUUUGUCAUUCUCCUUCAAGCUUCUGUGGAUUUGGGGAUAACAAUAACGAGGAUGGCUUCUUUUCUGUUGAUACUGGAGAGAUGUAUGGAGCAUCUGCUGAAGAGGCUAGGAACAACUGCAGAGGGGAGUUAUGCUUGGAUGGUAAUGAGAGUGAUAGAAUCAAACUAUUGGCACAAUCACUCGAAGAAGAGCAGAAAGCUCGCGCUACCUUGUACCUGGAGCUCGAGAAAGAGAGAAGCGCUGCUGCCACUGCUGCUGAUGAGGCCAUGGCUAUGAUAUUACGUCUUCAAGAGGAGAAGGCUAAAAUAGAAAUGGAGGCUAGGCAAUACCAGAGGUUGAUAGAGGAGAAAACUGCUUAUGAUGCUGAGGAAAUGAGUAUUCUUAAAGAAAUUCUAGUGAGGAGAGAGCAGGAAAUGCAUUUCCUGAAGAAGGAAGUUGAAGCUUUUAGGAAAAGUUUCUUUGAUAAUGAUGGAGUGAGUGUUGAUAUGCUUGACUCUGAAUUUACACCCCCAUGGCUUGAAUGCAUCAAUGGAUCCAUUACAGACAAGCAAUCUCAUGAGUUACCAUCAGUGGAGUCACGAAACUUAACUUUUGAGUUCGGGGAAGAGUCCCCUUCGAUUCAAGCGGAUGAAUUCGCUGAUGCUGCGAAAGCUAGUGGCGUGUUGUUGCACCAAGUUGCCGAUAAUUUCGAGCUUAGUGAAGAGAUUGACAACGAGUUACAAGGAAAGGGCAUGGUGGAAGAUAAAAAUGUAUACAUUGUACCAGGAGAAGUAAAUGAACUGGAGCCAUAUCCGAAAAGCAAUGUGUCGAAUGGCCUAGAUAAGGUCGAGCAGUGCACAGAAUUGACUGCUGAUGAACAAGAAAAAGUUUACGACGAUUCAUUUGACGGGUUGGCAUUUGCGGAAAUAGCUCUUCCUUGUGUUGAGUAUAAUUUGGAAAAGCAUGGGAACCAUCAAAAGCAGUGGACAAGAGAUUUCAAAUCUGUGAAUGAUACAGAUGCCUGUCCUCAUGAUAUUCAUGUCAUUGAAGAUGAAGCUAGAAUGCCCAAUGAAGCAAGUGCUAAUGCUCGUAAAGAAACAUCGGUUAAUGGUAGCUCGAGUAUUCCAGUUAAUUGUGAUAGUUCAUCCUUCAGUUCGUUGCAGAAUGGACUAGACAUCACGAGAAGCAGCUCAGAUGCCACUGGAAGAUUUCCACCAAUGGCUCGUUCUCGAAGCAAUUCCUUGCGUUCUGAAUUGCGUAGAAACUCGAUGUCUGCUGUCGAUUAUGAAAGGUCGAAAAUCGGCAAUGAAGUUGAGUGGCUUAGAGGAAGGUUGAAGAUUGUUCAAGAGGAAAGAGAAAAGCUCAAGUUAUCUGUGGAGCAAAAAGAGAAGGAGAACAAUCAAUUGCAACUUUUAGAAAACAUAACGAAGGUGCUGUCGGAUCCUGGAAUGGCAGCUCUGCAGGCUCCAUUGCCUCCAUCCUCUAAGGAUGUGUCAAAGAAACGUUGCUGGCGAAGCUCAUCCUUAAGCAUUCACAGAAGCAGCUAGCCAGUUUGAAGUGCCACCAAAAAAACGAAACGAAACGAAACGAAAGCACCGUAGCCGAACACGAUACAAUACAGCAUCCUCCAGGUUAGAAAUUCUAGUCUUUUUGCCCCACUGCCAUACAAGACCACAAGACGUGUAAAUUGAGAAUAACUUGACAGGUUAUGGCUUAGAUCAUAGGUACUUUUUCUUUUAAGUUCUGAUGUGGGGUGAUAGAUAUUGGGAUAUUGAGCCUCCUAUAAGCUAUAUUUAGUAAAUUGAAAUCCUGUAUACAUCCUGUGCUUACAAAACAUACUUUCUUCCUUUCUUCGUCCUCUAUUCUCUGUUCUCUGUAUUCUGUCUUUUGUCUUGUUGUACGUACCUGAAGUCAUCAAUAAAUUUUUUAGCUAA